AUGUUAACGUUACGCCUCCGUACCAUACCCGCCCUCGCUAGACGCUGUUUGUACCAGACGGACAAACGUUUCCUAUCCUCAACGUCCGUCGUGUUCUCGGGACACAACAAGUGGUCAAAAAUAAAGGGUAAGAAAGGCGUGGAGGAUGCAAAGAAGUCUGCAUUGUACGGCAAAGCGGCCAGAGAUAUUCUUACGGCUGCAAGAGCUGGAGGCUCUCCGAAUCCUGAGACGAACACAGCGUUAGCCAAUGCCAUACGUAAGGCGAAGGAUAACGGGGUACCAAGGGAUAAUAUAGAAACGUCGUUGGCCAAAGCCAGGCGUGGAAAGGAUGCAGGGCAUCAGUUCGUUCAAUACGAGCUCAUUUAUAACGGAAGCGUCGGCAUCAUAGUAGACUGCCACACAGAUAAUACCAACAGAACCAUUGGAAAUCUGCGUGAAAUCUGGAACUCGCACGGAGCUAGACCAGGUCCCGUGAAGUUCCUCUUCCAGCAUCGGGGUGUUGUGAGAAUACGGCUCGACAAAGAGCACCAUGAAGCCUUGCUUGGUGAAGUCCUUGAAGCUGGAGUCGAGGAUUUUAGUGAGUUGGUGGAAGACGACUUGGCAAUCAAUGGGCUUGAGUUAAUAUGCCCGCCAAAUCAACUGGCAGAUGUGACCUCUGCUAUCCAACGAAUUGGCCAAGGCGAAAUCAUAGCGAACGAAAUAGAAUAUGCACCGAUAGACGAAGUCGAGACCACGCCAGAAUCGCGGCAAGAACUCUUUGAAUUCGUAGAGUCUCUGGAAGAGGACGCUGAUGUCGUACGGGUAUGGACCACAGUCCCAAGGAGUGAAUGA